UCGAACACCCCUCGUUUAGUUAUCCACUCUGAGACCUAAAUACAUCACCAAGAUCAUAUAUAUAUAUAUUCUUUCAUGAGAUCUAAGUGAUAAAGACUUAGAAAUAUUGAAGAAACGGAGAGACCUGGAGAGCGUGAUCGAAUCGCUGAGACUGGCAGAGAGCGUUGAUGACGGCUCUCAGAUCCGUAGGGUUUGUUUCAUUGCCUUGUUUCAGCCAUUCGUCAAGCACAGGUGUGACCUUAACCCUCCUUAGGAAUCUUUUCUCCACCGCCAUGACCCGACUAUGUAAAGUGUCAUUCAGAUUCGCUGACGUUACGGUACGCAAGAAUUGAAUCGGCUGUGUUUUCCCGAACAAGAGAAAUCGUUUUGAGUGUCGUCCAAGGCUUUGCAUCAUUCUCUAAUCGUUUUGAGAUCAGGCAGGAGAGAGAUGCGAUGUGAGAAGCGCAAAAUAUUAAGCGGCCCGAGUGGUUGAGAGAACAUGUAUGAAUUUAUAUGUUACCUAAUUCUCCAUGCAAAUCCCUUGCAAAUCGGAGAUUUGUUAUGUUUUUGGUGGAGUAAUAUGUAUUUUUCUGUACCGGAAAAAUUAUUUAACAUGAAAAUAUGUUAAAAAUUAGUGUCAAUUUGAUGACGUAUGUUGAUUGUAUAGUUUUAUAUGGUUCUGAUAUAAGUAAUUCGUAAUUUUUUUUUUUUUUGGUAAAAUGUUAAGUAAUUCGUAAUAUUAGUUCAAGUGUUGGAAAGUUAUCCACAUUCGGUUUUUGAAUCAGUUAUUUCAGGUGAAAAUAUGUUCAAACACUUUAGAAUCACACAAGUAAUAAAAGGGAAAUAAGCUCAUCAUAGAGACUGUCCACGUAGGACAAAAUAAUCCACCAAUCAGAAGUUCUUUUUUUGACACGUCAGAUCGGAUAUGUGAUGCUGGGCUACGAUUUUUUUUUUUAAAAUGAAAGAAUGUUAAUGUGUUGGCCCAGCAAGCCCAUCUCUGUUCCUAUGGCUUCUUCUUCAUGCCGUCAAAAUCUGAUAUGCGAGAACCUCGACGUUUCCUUUUCUCUUUACUCCAGAUCCUGUUUUGCUUUAUUUUUUCUCUAGAUCCCCUUUUGCUCGAUCGAAUCGUGAGACCCUUUGCUUUACCUCCCCUCUUUCCGUUUCACGAUCUCAUCAAUCAAUACGUUCCACACUUCCUUUCUCCAUUUAAUCUGAUUUAUGGAUUAUCUCAUCCUUUCGCGUUCUGAAUCCAUUUAUAAAACUCUUAUUCCGAGUUUUAUUUCGACCGAACUUGAUUAUCGCGAUGAGUUCGAACGGAAAACUGACGUUGUCCGGUGAUCUGAAUUCGAAGAAACAAAGAGGCGUUGGGGCUGACUCCUUUCCCGGUGGCUCUUCGGGCAUCUCAAUCGGCGAUCCCCAUUCGAAAAAAUGCAAAGGCGAUGCGUCUGUCUCUUCUCCCGGUCUGAACAAACCCAUCGGCGCGACGGGUGACUCUUCCGGCGUCCCCACCGGCGUAUCUAAUUUGAAGAAACCUAAUGGUCCGAUAGUUGAAAGGGCGAAGUCAGUUGUAUCCUCCGGCGUUAGGGGCAAAGCCGCUGUCUCCUCUGACGUCAGGGGUAAAGCUAUUGUCUCCGUCAAUGUUAGGGAAGUGAUGUUCUUCAAAGAUGUGAAUUUCGGUCCUCAUGAAGGCGAGGUGAGGUUUCGGUUGAUCCACUUUUGGGAAGCUCGAAAUGUUCUGACGAAGCUUCUUUUCGGUCUCGAGAUGCUUCUCAUCGACGAAGAGGGCACUGUUAUACAGGGCUUCAUCCCAUCUGCACGGAUUGAAACCUACUUGCCACACAUGAAAGCGGGUGGCAUUUACAGACUCAACAAUUUUUUCGGGUCUAGAAAUAAGACUCUGUACCGAGUAGCUGAGCCAAGUGUCGUUAUCACCUUCUCAUCAACAUCCGCUCUCUCUGUUCUGGAGAACAGUCCGGUCUGUUUCCCUGAUGACCGUUUCCGAUUCCAUGGAUAUGAAGAAUUCGAUGCUGCCUGCGACUUGAAAGGAGAUCUCUAUGAUUAUGUUGGCCACAUCAAGCUUGUGAAUGGGCAGGUUCUCAAUGACAGUCUCGUGCUAGAUGAAUCUGAGAUAGCUUCAACUCGCCGCAUUUUGCUUCAUGUUCAAACACAUGAAGGCCCCGUUAUGAAGCUAUACCUGUGGGACAAAGCUGCUUUCGACUUCAGUGAAAAAUUUAAAGCAUCUGGAGGAACUGCAAAAGUUAUUUUAGUCACCACGCUAAACCCGAAACGCUUUGGAGGUGCCCUAUCUCUAUCUUCCAUGGCCUCAUCACGUGUAUUCAUGGACAGUGAUGUCCAAGCAACCCGAGAUUAUCUUGCUUGGUUGGUCUCAAACUCGGAUGUCGCCAACAGAGUUGAUGCAGACGUUGUCACUAAGACUGAGACAGUGACCAUAGGCGAGCUCUUUUCUUAUAUGAAGCAAGCAGCUGCCAAGGUUGCUUGGUUUGAGUGCAUAGCGACCGUUGCUGAUGUUGUGCACGGUUUAAGCUGGUAUUACAUAGGCUGCGGUGUGUGCCACACUAAGGCAACCAAAGGGCCUACCACCCUUAUGUGUAAGAAAUGUGGGAAGAGUGAUAUUGUCGGUGUUCCACAGUUUCUGGCCAAGAUCUCUGUGUACGAUAAGAGUGACCAGGCGUUUUUUUUUCUCAUUGGUGAUGCUGGUCACGAGUUGACUGGAAAGAAAGCUUCUGAAUUGGUUGAGAGCUAUUUUGAGGCCAAUGAGAGUGUAAGAGAUGAUCACAUAGUUCCAGUGCCUCAAGCUCUGUCAGAUACCAUAGGACAGACUCGCAAGUUCAUUGUGAAGGUCUCAAAUCAUAAUUUGACUGGCAAGACCCAAUCUUUGACUGUGACAAAGGUUCUCCAUUCAGACGAUCCAGAACUUGAAGGCGAGCUGGAGGAAGAUGUGAUUAUCCCAGCCGCCCAGAAAACUUUGGAUGAUGGAGGUGCUGAGGAUGAUCCUUCCAUGGACUCUAAGGGCGAAAAGGUGAAAAGAGCUGCUCAAAAUGAUGAAGCAGGUGAUCCUAAACGAGCCAAAUGUGGCUAGGAUGUUUUAAGUGGUGGUGUUUAUGGUUACUAGACAUUUAUGCGUUUUUACUUUUCAAUUUCAAACUUCAUAUUUGCAACAAUUGAAUGUCUUUCUUGAAAACUCUUUUUGGUUAACUUAUGUUAUUGCUUUCUUUUUAAGUUUGGUUUUGCUCCA